AUGAAUCUGGAUGCAGUGUCUGCAGCACUUGCUCAAAUACCUUAUACGGUGAAAAAUCUAUCGAAAAACAAUUUCAAAAGUUCACAAAUUGAAAUAGCCAACCUUAUAGCUGAAUAUGGAUUCGAAGCUGAACGAUACUUCUAUCGAACGUUAGCUAGCUAUUUGGAUCUACAAUUUUUCGAAGAGACCCCAUCUGGAUCGAAACAUUCCGAAAAUCUCCAUCUGAACUAUUGGUUACAAGAGAUUCCAUUGCUGUUAGCAAAGUCAAAUUUUGUGACGUUAAUCUGCUAUGCUUUUGAUUCAGUAUUGACACAAAAAUCAAUCAAAUUAUCGCCAUCGUCGACUGAAUAUUUUACCUCGUUGAGUAAAUAUUUCAAAUUAAGUUCUGUUCAAGAACUUCUCUUCGCUCUUGCUUUGCAAAAUUCGACGCACAUUGAAUUGCAAACAUUAGCUCAUAAUCAUCUACAAAAAUGUUUACCGGAAUUCAUCAAAGCAACCAUUGAAUCGACUGGAGAAACUCAACUAGGUGAUUUACCCCAUGAAGUUCUUCAUUCGUUUGUUGUACAACUUCAAGCUUAUGCACUGAAUGAUUCAUCUGUAAUUACAGCUGAACAGUAUGAACAAUUCUUGAAUUUAAUAAGAAAAGAAUAUCCAAUCGAACGCAUUGGCACGAAUGGUUCACUAUUUCUUCUUCCGAUACUUUAUCCAUCGAAUACAAUAUCAAAAGAUCUUGCAUCGAAUCAAUUAUUCUCAGAUUCAAAUAAUCUCUCAGCAUCCGUGUGGCAAAUGGACGGUUCUUUAUCGGAUGUCAUUCUCGAAAUGGGCUACGAUUUUACUGCGUCGGUUGAAGGUUGUCGAAAUGCAUUAGUUCAUUUUGGUUUGCAAGAAUUAAAGUCAUCGACUAUUGCUCGAAUGCUUGCCGCAAUGAUUAAAACACAUUCAGGACUUACUGAGAAUACACGUAUCUACGAUGCCAAUGGCGUUGAAAUAAAUACAAAUAGUGAUAAACAAUCGCCACAAUCAUGGAAUGUUGACACAUUUGUCAUUGCAAUCAAUGAUUUAGUUCCAUCAGUGAAUUGGAAAGAUGUAGUCAAAGAGCUGGAUCAUCCGGGAUUCUUGGUUCGUGACCGACAGGCAUUGAUACUGUUAGUCACCGCCCUCCGACGCGCGCUGCCAACAGAGCAAUAUAUUGAUUUACUCUACGGGCGAUGGAACAAUGCUGAAGGACAAUUAUCCUGGUUCGCCCAAGCAAUUCGCUACCCGGAUGUUUUCUGUUUCGGUGAUCAUCCAGCUCGUCCAGUAUUGAUUGAUUGUUUGAAACAUCCGCUCGAUGACUCAAAAGAAACAUGGACAUGGCGUUCGUUGAAUUUAAUCGAAUGUUUGUUACGUAUCGCCGAUACAGGUCUAUAUCCCAUCGUGUUGGAAAUUUUCAAACACGGUAUUCAGCGUUCCGGUGAACUAAUCUUCUUGGGAUUGUUACAACUUCAUACCAUUUGGACGACGUUGAAACAAGAAUUAUUACAACUGAUAAUUCCAACAUUUCUUGCCACGAGUCCGAACGCAAAUCCACUUCUUAACUACAUGUGGAAUUCUCAACAGCACACAGCAGCAUUGCGAACAACAUUAUUAACAUCAUUAGCUGACUGGUAUAACCGUUCGACUGACAAUGAACAACAGCAACGACUUGGUCGUGUCUUAGAAAUUGUUCAAGACUUAAAAGCCUUACCAAUCCUACUUGCAGCACAACCGAUCACUUUCAUUCUUGAUUUAGCUUGUCUAGCGUCAAAACGUGGCUACUUAAAAUUAGAUAAAUGGUUGACUGAUAAGCUACGCGACCAUCAAGAACUAUUUAUUCAAACCACAGUUCAAUAUUUACGCAAGAAAGCCCCGCAAUUAUCUUCCAAAGAUGAAUCAAAUUAUAAACCGAUAGUCAACAUUGAAAUCAUUAGCAUUCUCUUAACUGUUCUCCAACUAGCAUUACCAUCGUUAACAAAUCCUGACUUAAUCCAAGAAAUUCAAACAAUGAUUGCAACUGCAAAAAUUCUGAAUAAUAUAAAUCCAACUCGUCCCGAUACAUUACACAAUCCUCUCGCUCAUCCAUUCACACCUCCGCCAGCAGCUACAACAUCAUUACCAACUCAGCUUCGUCCGUUACAAACGACUAAUGAUCUUUCACCAAUGAAUGAAAUUUCCGAUGUUGAUGUUUAUUUCAAACGCUUAUACUCGAAAACAACAAAUCCACCACCCAUAUCUGUUGAUGAAUUUCUGGAUAUACUGAAAAAAUGUAAAGAAUCGCCUAUUCUACGCGAAAGAGAAGUUUUCCAGAAUGGUAUUAAAAAUUUAUUCGAAGAAUACAAAUUCUAUUCUCAAUAUCCAGAAAGAGAAUUACUACUUACAGCACAGUUAUUUGGAGGAUUAUUCGAACGUGGCCUGUUUCAAAAUCAAGUGCUUUUUGCCGCCUUUCGAGUCAUGCUCGAAGGUCUGAGAAAAUCAUCGGACACGCCAUUAUGGAAAUUUGCUGUGACAGCACUGGAUCGAUGCAAAUCGCGAAUCCGUGAACAAUCAGCAUUGCUGCAAGCUGUGCGAGCGGCACCAACAUAUUCGGAAAUACCAGCAUCAAUUCGUGAUUAUCUCGAAAAUAACACGAAAUCAUCGAUUGCUCAAGCAUUCGAUCCGUUACGAACGUUAACGCCGACAUCGAACCUCCCGACACCACCAGUAGCUACAAGUCCACAUUCGCAUAUAUUCGCUCGAAUGAAUAGCACACCAGCAGUCACGACUGCUCAACCGCCACCUCCAGUACAACCACCGACACAACAAUUCAAUCCAAUUGGACGAGAUAUUCCUUCACAAAAAGGCCCAUCACUGACACAAAAUGCCAAUAUUCGAACGUUGAUUAACGAUCCAAGUUAUAAUCUCGUUCGAGUGAAACAACCACCGGAACAGAUUAGUGAUAAAGUGGCAUUUACAUUCAAUAAUUUGUCACUCUCCAAUCUUCCGCAAAAGGCACAAGAAUUGAAAGAAAUCUUGAACAAUGAUGAACAAUUAUGGAAAUGGGUCGCGCAAUACUUAGUCAUUAAACGUGUCUCAUUGGAGCACAACUUUCAUCCAUUGUACGCUGGCCUUCUUAAUACUUUAAACAUCGUCAUGCUAUUCGAUGCUGUAUUGAGUGAAACACAUCGAAAUAUCAAAAUUCUUCUAUUAAGCGAUAAACAAAUCAACAAUAUUCCCGAUCGUACAUUAUUGAAAAAUCUCGGCCAUUGGCUUGGUAUGAUUACUAUCGGACGAAAUAAACCAAUUCUUUCAACGGACUUGGAAAUCAAAUCCUUAAUCAUCGAAGCGUAUCAUACGGGCCCACAAGAAUUAUUGUAUGUGGUUCCAUUCGUUUCCAAAAUCUUGGAAUCCUGCACAAAAAGCAAAAUCUUUCAACAGCCCAACCCGUGGCUGAUGGGUAUCAUGUCUGUCCUAGCAGAAAUGCAUGGAUCACCGGAUUUUAAAUUGAAUUUGAAAUUCGAAAUCGAAGUUCUUUGUAAGCAAUUAGAAAUUCAACUGAAUGAACUUCCUAUUCACAAUAUAUUGAUCAAUAAAGAGUAUUUCGAUAAGCUGGAAAAACAACUAUCCAUGCCAGUUCCGACAGUUCCACCAGCGCUCGCUGUUAAUCCAUCAUCACAACCCUCGGUUUCAUCGUCAUCAUCGACUUCAACAGCAGCAACAGCAGUUACGGCCGCACCUGAGCCACAGUACCGCUUAUCUGAUUUUAAACCAUCAACAUUUCAAUCAUUAAGUUCAAUGUUGAAAAUCAAUUCGAACAUUGCACUUUUCCGACUUCAUCCAAACCUUAAGACGCAUGUCUACACGCUCAUUGAACAAGCUAUCAAUGAAAGCUUCCAAACAGUUCAACGUUCACUUAAGGUGGCUACGACUGCCGCUGAACAGAUCGUUCGUAAAGAUUUCGCUUUAAAUCCUGACGAGCAACAAUUGCGUACGUCAGCACGAAAUAUGGUUGCUUACCUUAGCAGUGGCCUCGUUCUUAUCACUGCUCGUGCACCAUUACAAGAACAAAUUCUAUCAUUUAUUAAAGCUCAUUUUCAUUCCGCACUUGGCAUUUCUCAAACAGCGCCAACAAAUUCAACGGAACAGACGACAAGCGAAAUGAUUCUUCAAGCAGCCACUGAAAUUGCCACCUCUAACAUUGAAUUAUGCUGUUGCCUUCUACAACGUAUAACCAUCAGUCGUGCCAUUCAAAUUAUCGAUCAACGUUUAGCAAGUGAAAUCGAAUUACGACAACGUUGCCGGGCCGAAGGAAGACAGUUAACAAUUGCUCCCAACAGUAACGAUGAAAAGUUACCCGAACAAAUCCGACUACACUACGGACCGUUUUCAUCCCAUCAGCUAGCCAUUUAUGAAGAUUUUGUUCAUUUCAUUCCAGGUUUCAAACCAAACGAUAGCGAAAAACGUGAUCUAGUUACAAUGGAUGAUAGUGUUCCUUCUGUUUGGGAUCGUAUUAUUUCUGAAAUUGACCAGACUAUUCAAAGUCAACACAACGGCCUAUUCACUACAGCAUUACAACGUUUGCUAGAAACAGUCAACGCUUUACGAACAACUUUACAAAAUCAAACAUCAGCUAAUGGCCCUCAAGUGGCAUUAACAAGUCUUUUGAACGUUAUUUUAUACAACUUUCUUGAACAUUAUACCAUUCAAUCACAAAUUCAAGAUAAUGAAAAUUUCGAACGUUUUAAAACAAUUCAUAUGAAUGUUUUAAAACUAUUGAUUGAAAUCCGACUGCACUUGGCAGUGAUCAACAAACAGUUAACGAAAUCAUGGUUAGAAUGUUCAAAUGAUAUUAAAUUCAAUAUCUUCGCUGUACAUCAUCUCAUUCGUACACGUCUUUUGGAUGUUCGACAAAUCGAUAUGCACAUUUCACAAUUAAUCGACUCCGGAAACAAUUCUGCACUUCAUUUUGCCGUGAACUUUCUUCGAAACUGUGUGAUCGAACAGCCGUGUUGUUCCGAUACCGAUAUUGCAUCGACACUUGAUUCGCUCCAUCGUAUUUCCUUGAUCGGUAAACAACCAGCUGAAGCUGUACGUGAUCUCUUGGAAAUCAUCCGAUUGAACUACACGUCAUUGAAUGAUAUAAAUGAAAACAAAGUCGAUAAAUUGGCGAUUUUAUCUUUGUCAGUGAUCAAUAACGGCAUGAAGUAUUUAUCAAUCGAUGAUAUCGAAACAGCAACGAUUGUUAACAAAGCCAAAGGUAUUCUAAAUGAUUGGAUAGUGUUGACAAUGACACAAACAAAUCGAAUCACUCAACAGCAAGCUUUCCCAGAAUUCUUCAAUCAAAUGACACAUCAAGGAAUCUUUCGUUCCGACGACACAAUUGCAAAAUUUCUUCGUACUACCAUUCAACUAUGCGUUAAUAACGUCUACGACGUUGUACGUCAGAGUUCAUCGUCAAUUACUCAGCAACAACCACAAUAUAUUCGUUGUCAUCAAGGAAUUGAUUCUCUAUGUCGAUUUUUAUACUUGUUAACAACGCAUACAUCUGAUAACAAUAACUAUGCGACGCGAAUACAUUUAAUCAAUUGUAUAUUAGGUCUCAUUGCUGCACUCUGCUUUCUGGAUCAUGAAGAACAAGGCGAUCAUUUCCAUCCAUUGGCCUAUCAAAGAAUUCUUUUGAAUCUCUUUCAAGAAUCAACCAAUGGUGUCACAUUGAAUACAUCUAGUUCAACAUCCAAUGUUGAAAAUCCUUUACCAAACGAUCCUGUCAUGUACUACAUUUAUUUAGCAUUUACUAAUUGCUUACAUCUUCUUCGUCCUCAACGUGUCACUGGCUUUGCAUUUGCUUGGCUUGAAAUUGUUGCGCAUCGAACAUUCAUGUCUCGUUUCUUAUUAUCCGGUGGUCGAUUUACUCGACAUAUUCAAAAUAUGUAUUCCUUACUUCUCGUCGAUGCUUUACGUCUUGUUGCACCGUUUAUUCGUUCCGGUGAAAACACACCAUCGUUCCAAGCCUAUUACAAAGGCAUUCUCAAAACAUUCAUGUUAUUACUACAUGACUUUCCCGAAUUUUUAUGUGAACACUAUUACGAAUUUUGUGAUUCUUUGCCGUUGAUAUCUCAUCAAUUACGUAACAUCAUUCUAUCAUCAUUUCCCAAACAUAUCCGUUGUCCAGAUCCAUUCAAAGUGAAUAUCAAAAUCGAUAUGUUAAAUGACAUUUCCACAACGCCAACAAUCUCGUACAACUAUUCGAUGAACAUUCAACCAGCGAAAUUCAAAUCCAAUCUGGACUCCUACUUACGUACACGUUCACCAGUGACAUUUUUAUCGGAAUUACGUUCGUAUUUACAACAAGGUUCAGAUCCUGGUUCACAUUAUAACAUACGAAUGUUGAAUGCUCUUGUUCUAUAUGUUGCAACUCAGGCUUUAUCAACAAUCAAUAACAAACAACCAUUGAUGUCAUCCAUAACACAUACAGCACAUAUGGAUAUCUUUCAAAACUUAGCUGUUGACUUAGAUACCGAAGGACGAUACUUAUUUUUAAAUGCUAUGGCUAAUCAUCUGCGAUAUCCAAAUACGCAUACACAUUAUUUUAGUUAUACAAUUUUAUAUUUAUUUGCUGAAGCAAACUCAGAAGCUUUGCAAGAACAGAUCGUCCGAGUUCUACUCGAACGAUUAGUUGCUAAUCGACCGCAUCCAUGGGGCUUAUUAGUCACCUUUUUGGAACUUGUACGAAAUCCAAAUUUGAAAUUAUGGUCACGAGAAUUUAUGAGCAUUUCGCCAGAUGUCAAACGAUUGUUAGCAACACUUACCCAUGGCUUUCCUCAAUUUCCAACAUCACCCAUAUCUGCACAACAACCAGCUAUAGUUAAACCUUAG